CAGGUAAGCCACCGGGCUUACAGAUGGUUGACCUUCGAGUGCACAGACAAGAUUGAGCUCGGCGACAGUCGCGACUCACAAUCACCUUGUCUUGCCCUGCAUCCGGUCAGUGACCUCGACGAUCCACGAAAUAUGUAGUCAUCGACUGCGAUUGCGCGAGAUUCAAUCGCCCCUAGGCAGAUCAAAUACCUAGGAGGCGUUUCUUCUUUACGAGAUCACUUGUGUCCCAUUGAACACGGUUUCUGGGGUCUUUGACGCGUUGAAACUUGAGCUUGAAACUUGACGCGCUUUGUUUGGACGCGUCCGACUGCAGUUGUGCACCAACCAUGCCAAUCGAUGUAUCUGUUUCGCUGUCCAACGCCUUUAAUCCGAAACUUCCGCCUUGCAUCGCGAAGCUUGGUCAUGACGAGCUUGUUCUCAUAGAACUGCAAGGCACGCUCGAUAUAGAGUCUAGUGAAGACACCACUAGAGACGGGCAGUUCGUUGGCAAAUUGAACCUCAAGGAUGCCAACAAACCCACACUGAUCAUUGGGCAUCAUCUGCUUGAGGGCAAGGUCGUAAACUUGCCUAAGCCGUUGGGCGUGAUGCAUCGCAAGGAAACGUCCAAGCGAUAUGGCUAUCCUGGUAACGGAGAUGACUCCAGAACGAUGAAAGACACUUCAAACCCCGGAGUUAGCUGGGGCAUCGUCGCCCUGGUGAAAAAAAAGAUUGUGUUUUCCAAACGACCCAUGCCGAUUGUGAACUUGGGCGGUACUACUCAGAGAGAGAAGGUUUGAGUCGGGUACGUGCCCUGAUGCCUGGAUUCCGUCGUGUGACAGUCAUGAAGUUUGAUUGAAUCCAGAUCAGCUCUUUCGGCCAUUUUUCUGUCACCGACGGAGCGGACAGACCUGCAAUUGAGGCCACACCGGUUGUCCAUAGACAAUAUUUGACUUGAGCCUCAAGGAGAAUAACACUUGUCUCCUCUAACAACCUGACAUAUACGAGGGGAUAAACCAAGAUUCCAUUUAACCGGUUAUUUGCUAUCAAACGUUUGCGUUGACACGGCUUCAGGAAACUAUCCUAAUACGUCCUCUCUUGAAUGACAUUCAUUAUAUGUUCUAAAUAGGUCUGACACGACCAACAUGCAAGCAAGACAUUAACUUCUUGAGGGGC